GUGCCACGUUGUCCUCUUCUCCGGGUCUUAACUCGGGUCCUCUCCCGCGCCCUCCUGCGACUCCGCCUCCGGUGGCGCGUGUCUGGCCGCUACACAGGCGCCGAGGACUGGUCGGGAGAAAGCACGUGCUCGAGCAGUUGUCGCGCCAAGCGUCUCCCUGUCAUCUCCGCGCCCGCCCCUGGGCGUCGCGGGCUCCCCGGGCCCUCAGCAGCCCCGCGACCCGGGCCUGCGGGAGGAGCCCAAGGCCGCCCGGCCUUCUUUGGCAGAACUGCUCGGGGCUGGCUGUCGCUCUUGGCCGUCUCCUGCGGCGAGCGCGUGUCCCCCGCUGCGCGCCCCGCGCGAGGAGGAGGCUCUGCAACAUGUCACCCGCGCUCCAAGAGCUGUCGCAACCCGCAGGUGUGAAGAAAACCCUGCGGGAUGACAUUGAAGCCCUUCUGCGGAAGAGGAUUAUGGUGCUAGAUGGAGGGAUGGGGACCAUGAUCCAGCGUCACAAGCUAAGUGAAGAACACUUCCAAGGUCAAGAAUUUAAAGAUCAUGCCAGGCCACUGAAAGGCAACAAUGACAUUUUAAGUAUAACUCAGCCCGAUAUCAUCUACCAAAUCCAUAAGGAAUACUUGCUGGCCGGGGCAGAUAUCAUUGAGACAAAUACUUUUAGCAGCACCAGUAUCGCCCAAGCCGAUUAUGGCCUUGAACACUUGGCCUACGAGAUGAACAAGUGCUCUGCGGGAGUGGCCAGAAAAGCUGCAGAGGAGAUAACUCUCCAGACGGGGAUUAAGAGGUUUGUGGCAGGAGCUCUGGGCCCAACUAAUAAGACACUCUCUGUGUCCCCAUCCGUGGAAAGACCAGAUUACAGGAACAUCACAUUUGAUGAACUUGUUGAAGCAUACAAAGAGCAAGCCAAAGGGCUUCUGGAUGGUGGGGUUGAUAUCUUACUCAUUGAAACGAUUUUUGAUACUGCCAAUGCCAAGGCAGCCUUGUUUGCACUCCAGAAACUUUUUGAGGAAAAGUACGCUCCCCGGCCUAUCUUUAUUUCAGGAACGAUUGUUGAUAAAAGCGGGCGGACUCUGUCGGGACAGACAGGAGAGGCGUUUGUCGUCAGCGUGUCUCACGCAGACCCGCUCUGCAUUGGAUUAAAUUGCGCUUUGGGUGCAGCUGAAAUGAGACCCUUUAUUGAAACCAUUGGAAAAUGUACAACAGCCUAUGUCCUCUGUUACCCCAACGCAGGUCUUCCCAACACCUUUGGUGACUACGAUGAAACGCCUUCUGUGAUGGCCACGCACCUGAAGAGCUUUGCUGUGGAUGGCUUGGUCAAUAUAGUUGGUGGAUGCUGUGGUUCAACACCAGAUCAUAUCAGGGAAAUUGCCAAAGCUGUGAAAGACUGUAAGCCUAGAGUUCCACCUGCCACUGUUUUUGAAGGACAUAUGUUACUGUCUGGUCUAGAGUCCUUCAAGAUUGGACCGUACACCAACUUUGUUAACAUUGGAGAGCGCUGUAACGUUGCAGGAUCAAAGAAGUUUGCUAAACUCAUCAUGGCAGGAAACUAUGAAGAAGCCCUGGGUGUUGCGAAGGCGCAGGUGGAAAUGGGAGCCCAGGUGUUGGAUGUCAACAUGGACGAUGGCAUGCUGGAUGGUCCCAGUGCAAUGACCAGAUUUUGCAACUUAAUUGCCUCCGAGCCUGACAUUGCCAAGGUGCCCUUGUGCAUCGACUCUUCCAAUUUUGCUGUGAUUGAAGCUGGGUUGAAGUGCUGCCAAGGGAAGUGCAUUGUCAAUAGCAUCAGUCUGAAGGAGGGAGAGGAGGACUUCUUGGAGAAGGCCAGGAAGAUUAAGAAGUUUGGAGCUGCUGUGGUGGUCAUGGCUUUUGAUGAAGAAGGACAGGCAACAGAAACAGACAUGAAAAUCAGCAUCUGCACUCGGGCCUACCAUCUACUUGUGAAAAAACUGGGCUUUAAUCCAAAUGAUAUCAUCUUUGACCCUAAUAUCCUAACCAUUGGUACUGGGAUGGAGGAACACAACUUGUAUGCUAUUAAUUAUAUCCAUGCAACAAAAGUCAUUAAAGACACGUUACCUGGAGCCAGAGUAAGUGGAGGUCUUUCCAACUUGUCCUUCUCCUUCCGAGGAAUGGAAGCCAUUCGAGAAGCAAUGCACGGGGUUUUCCUGUACCACGCCAUCAAGUUUGGGAUGGACAUGGGGAUAGUGAAUGCUGGAAACCUCCCUGUGUAUGAUGAUAUCCAUAAGGACCUUCUGCAGCUCUGCGAAGAUCUCAUCUGGAAUAAAGACCCUGAGGCCACCGAGAAGCUCUUACGUUACGCCCAGACUCAUGGCAAAGGAGGCAAGAAAGUCAUCCAGACUGAUGAGUGGAGGAGCGGCCCCGUGGAAGAGCGCCUGGAGUACGCCCUUGUCAAGGGCAUUGAAAAAUACAUUAUUGAGGAUACUGAGGAAGCCAGGUUAAACCAGGAAAAAUAUCCCCGACCUCUGAAUAUAAUUGAAGGACCCCUGAUGAAUGGCAUGAAAGUUGUUGGAGAUCUUUUUGGAGCCGGAAAAAUGUUUCUACCUCAGGUUAUAAAGUCAGCCCGGGUCAUGAAGAAGGCUGUUGGCCACCUCAUCCCCUUCAUGGAAAAAGAAAGAGAAGAAACCAGAGUGCUUAACGGCACCGUAGAAGAAGAGGACCCUUACCAAGGCACCAUCGUGCUGGCCACCGUCAAAGGAGACGUGCACGACAUAGGCAAGAACAUAGUUGGAGUCGUCCUUGGCUGCAAUAAUUUCAGAGUUAUUGAUUUAGGAGUCAUGACUCCCUGCGAUAAGAUCCUGAAAGCCGCUAUUGACCACAAAGCAGAUAUAAUUGGCUUGUCAGGACUCAUCACUCCUUCCCUGGAUGAAAUGAUUUUUGUUGCCAAGGAAAUGGAGAGGUUAGCUAUAAAGAUUCCAUUGUUGAUUGGAGGAGCGACCACUUCGAGAACCCACACAGCUGUUAAAAUAGCUCCAAGAUACAGUGCGCCCGUAAUCCACGUCCUGGACGCAUCCAAGAGUGUGGUGGUGUGUUCUCAACUGUUAGAUGAAAAUCUAAAGGAUGAAUACUUUGAGGAAAUCAUGGAAGAAUAUGAAGAUAUUAGACAGGACCAUUAUGAAUCCCUCAAGGAGAGGAGAUACGUACCCCUCAGUCAAGCCAGAAAAAACGGUUUCCAUAUCGAUUGGCUGUCUGAGCCUCAGCCAGUGAAGCCCACGUUCAUCGGAAGCCAGGUCUUGCAGGACUACGACCUGCAGAAGCUGGUGGGCUACAUCGACUGGAAGCCGUUCUUUGACGUCUGGCAGCUCCGGGGCAAGUACCCGAAUCGAGGCUUUCCCAAGAUAUUUAACGACAAAACAGUAGGGGAAGAGGCCAAAAAGGUCUACGAUGAUGCCCAAAAUAUGCUGAACACACUGAUUAGCCAAAAGAAGCUCCAAGCCAGGGGCGUGGUUGGAUUCUGGCCAGCGCAGAGCGUCCAAGACGACAUUCACCUGUAUGCGGAGGGAGCCCUGCCGCAGGCUGCGGAGCCCAUAGCCACCUUUUAUGGGUUAAGGCAGCAGGCCGAGAAGGACUCCGCCAGCUCGGAGCCCUACCACUGCCUCUCGGACUUCAUCGCGCCCCUGCACUCCGGCGUCCGCGACUACCUGGGCCUGUUUGCCGUCGCCUGCUUUGGGGUGGAAGAGCUGAGCAAGGCCUACGAGGACGACAGUGACGACUACAGCAGCAUCAUGGUCAAGGCGCUGGGGGACCGGCUGGCGGAGGCCUUCGCGGAGGAGCUCCACGAGAGGGUGCGCCGCGAGCUGUGGGCCUACUGCGGCGACGAGCGGCUGGACGUGGCCGACCUGCGCCGGCUGCGGUACGAGGGCAUCCGGCCGGCGCCCGGCUACCCCAGCCAGCCCGACCACACGGAGAAGCUCACCAUGUGGAAGCUGGCGGGCAUCGAGCAGGCCACAGGCAUCAGGCUAACCGAGUCCCUGGCCAUGGCGCCCGCGUCCGCAGUCUCAGGCCUCUACUUCUCCAAUUUGAAGUCCAAGUAUUUCGCCGUGGGGAAGAUUUCCAAGGAUCAGAUUGAGGAUUACGCUUCGAGGAAGAACAUGUCUGUGGCUGAGGUUGAGAAAUGGCUUGGACCCAUUUUGGGAUAUGAUACAGACUAACAUUUUUUUUUUGCCUUUUCUAUACUCGGUGAUCUCCAAGGAAGUAUAAUGCAGAGUGCCUUAAAAAUAACAACAAAACCCCCACGUGUGCCUGGCUGACCCUGCCCUGCUUCUGGUUUUGGAAGACUGUUUGGUGGAACCCUGUAGGGGGGAGGGUCUUCCUACAGUGCCUGGAAAACAAGUGUUGUUUUUCAAGAAUCUUGAAGGAGUGGCCAGGAGCAGCGCUCUCCUGGGAUCCCUGGACCGUCUGGGGUGGGGACAGGCUGAAGAUAGAGGUCUUUUGCAUUUCAAAGCAAAUCCACUUGCUUUUUUCCAUUUUUACCUUAAAUCUAGGAGGCCACACAGUCCCCCCCACCAGUUUUUUUGUUUGUUUGUUUUUGUUUUUCUGUUACGAAAAAGGCCUAAAACUCAGUUGAAUAGAGAAAUGUGACCCUGUGGCAAAAUGAUGCCGGGAGAAAUGGGGCAUUUUAGUGUAAAUGGUUGCAACAGUGGACUCGGACAGGGAGGAAGGUACAGCUCUGCGCUCUCUGCGGAAGACCUCGUUUUCUAAACGCUCCAAGAAAUGGUUGCAGAAUUCCCUCUGGCAAAAGGCGUGCGCUCCCUGCUGCUUGUCAGAAAUACUCGAGCUGUUCGCCCCAGCGUGGUCAAGUGUAGUCCUGCUCCCCAAGCACUUCUGUCCUCCCGUAAUUUCAUAUUCCCUCGCCCUAAGGGAACAGAAAGAUAAAGCUGAUGAACAUCUUUCAGUUGUUUUCGGGACUGAGCAGGUUCUUGGCUGAGCUGUGGUGUCCUGUGCAGAGUUGGGCAGGUGGACAGCCUCCUGCCACUUAUUUCUUGUUUUAUUCUCUUUAAGUUCUUGAUGUACUCAGUAAUGAAGAAUGGUGCCACCACCCAAGUAACAAGCCUCAAACUUAGCCCUUGUCAUCUUUUUCUUGGAUGACUGCAGUUGUCUAAAAAAUGGGCACAUAGAGGGUCCGUGUGUCCUACUUCAGUUGCGAUGGUGGGGGACGUUCUCAGGAGAAGGCUGUGUUGAGGCCUGAUGUGGGGUUUGAAGGAUGGAGAGGAAGAUGGAAGGGAGGAACAGAUGAAAAACAUCUUUGUUCACAAAUAGGAAUAUUAAACGUUAUAAAGGUAUCGAAUCUCCCUAACUGGAUCUACAGAUUCAAUCUCUUGAGACACAAAGCACUAACUGUAAAAGAAAAGAUGAUUAAACCAGCUUCAUUAAACCUAUGGGCUUAUGUUAAGCAAAUAAGCACUUUAAGUGAAAAGACAAGCCACAACUUGAGAAGUCAUUUACAAUACAAAUAACUGACAAAGGAUUAGUAAUCACGAUAUAUAGAGAAUUCCUAUUUUAAGAAAAACUAGAAAAAUAGAGAUUUGAAAAGGCAUUUCGUGGAAGAGAAACAUCAAAUAAAAAGAUGUUCUGCGGCAACGAUGGUCAGGGAAAUACGAGCUAAGACCAUAAUAAGAUUCUGUUUCACACCCAGAAGGUUUACAGAAGUUGGGUCUGACAGUACCAGGUGUUAAAGAAGAUCUGUGCGAACUCAUACAUGGUUGUGGGUGUAGAAACAGGCACAACUGCUUUAGAAAACAAUUCUGUCUUACACACUUGAACGUUUGCAGACCUUAGGAUCCAGCUACCGACUCCCACUUGUAUGUCCAACGAACUCUUGGUGUGGUCACCAGGAGGUAUGUGCGAGAGGAUUCACAGUAACAUAUUCAUAAUUAAUAACUUGAAAAAGUGAAAUGCCUGCAGAAGAAGGGAUGAAUAAAUUAGCUAUGUUUACGCUAAGGGGUAGGAUUCAAUAGUGAAAGGGACCGAACUGCAGCUAUACUUCACAAUAAAAAUGAAGCUCAGAAAAUAUUAAGGAAAAAAAGCAAGUUGCAGGAGACUACAUAUGGUAUCCUAUUUUUAUUGAGCUCAAAAGCGAAACCAAAGAAUAUAUUGUCUAAGCAUACAUAUGCAAUGAAAGUAUAUUAUAAAAGAAAAGGAAAAAGAAGACAGAAUGAGAAACCAAAAUCUCGCAUGGUGGUUACCCAUGAAAGGAGGAAACGGAGGGAACGCAUGGGUAGAUGCAAGUGAUGAGGAAUUCUUAGGUGUAGUCUUAUGUGUGUUUACUAUAUACUAUAUUAUGCUUUAUAACUAAUAUAUUAACAUAGUUUUAUAUGUAUUAAAUGGGUUGUGCUUAAUACCUGUAUUGAAUAUAUUGUUAAAAAUAAAAGCAGAGUAGAAUGAUAACCCAAAA